CCCCAAAUCUAGGGACCCGAGGACAGCAAGAGCUAUCCCUCACCAGCAAGAGGUCUCGGGGACCCCCCCCUCAAAGCUCCAGGACCGGGGCGACUGAGCCCCUCGCGGCGCCCUUCUCAUCCAAGCCCAUGGUUGUGGCGCCCUGAGCCCCCCGGGCCGGGCUGACGACGAAAACCGAGACGGCGCCCAGGCCCCCUGCCGCGGCGUCCCCGCGGCCCCAGCCCAGGGAGAAGAUGAGCGUGGGCUGCCCAGAGCCCGAGCCACCCCACUCCCUGCCCUGCUGCGGGCCAGGGACCGCCCCUGGGCUGGGUGCAGGCGUGCCCCUCCUCACCGAAGACAUGCAGGCGCUGACCCUCCACACACUGGCUGCGAGCGAUGUCACCAAGCACUACGAACUCGUCCGGGAGCUGGGCAAGGGCACCUAUGGGAAGGUCGACCUGGUAGCCUACAAGGGCACAGGCACAAAGAUGGCGCUGAAGUUUGUGAACAAGAGCAAGACCAAGCUGAAGAACUUCCUGCGGGAGGUGAGCAUCACGAACAGCCUCUCCUCCAGCCCCUUCAUCAUCAAGGUCUUCGACGUCGUGUUUGAGACGGAGGACUGCUACGUCUUUGCUCAGGAGUACGCACCCGCCGGGGACCUCUUUGACAUCAUUCCUCCUCAGGUGGGGCUCCCGGAGGACACGGUGAAGCGCUGCGUGCAGCAGCUGGGCCUGGCGCUGGACUUCAUGCACGGCCGGCAGCUGGUGCACCGCGACAUCAAGCCCGAGAACGUGCUGCUGUUCGACCGCGAGUGCCGCCGCGUGAAGCUGGCCGACUUCGGCAUGACGCGCCGCGUGGGCUGCCGCGUGAAGCGGGUCAGCGGCACCAUCCCGUACACGGCGCCCGAGGUGUGCCAGGCGGGCCGCGCCGACGGCUUCGCGGUGGACACGGGCGUGGACGUGUGGGCCUUCGGCGUGCUCAUCUUCUGCGUGCUCACCGGCAACUUCCCGUGGGAGGCGGCGUCGGGCGCCGACGCCUUCUUCGAGGAGUUCGUGCGCUGGCAGCGGGGCCGCCUGCCGGGGCUGCCGUCGCAGUGGCGCCGCUUCACCGAGCCGGCGCUGCGCAUGUUCCAGCGGCUCCUGGCCCUGGAGCCCGAGCGCCGCGGGCCGGCCAAGGAGGUCUUCCGCUUCCUCAAGCACGAGCUCACGUCCGAGCUGCGGCGCCGGCCCUCGCACCGCGCGCGCAAGCCCGCCGGGGACCGGCCGCCGGCCGCCGGGCCGCUGCGCCUCGAGGCGCCCGGGCCGCUCAAGCGGACGGUGCUGACCGAGAGCGGCAGCGGCUCCCGGCCCGCCGCGCCCCCCGCCGUCGGGCCCGGGCCCGGGCCCGUGCCGGUCCCCGUCCCCGUGCCGGUCCCCGCGCCCGAGCCCGGCCCGGCCCCCCCGGGGCCCCCCGGCAGGACCGACGGCCGCCCGGACAAGAGCAAAGGGCAGGUGGUGCUGGCCACGGCCAUCGAGAUCUGCGUCUGA